AUGAAAGGGACUCUGCAGCUCUGGGCGCUCGCCGCGCUCGCGUUGCCGUCGACGUGCGCCGCCGACGAGCCAAAGCCCGACAGGGACGGCAAGUACUGGAUCCACGGCGACGGCAUUUCGGCAGCCUUCAUCGCCUACGGCGCCUCCGUCUCCAACUUUGUCAUCAAGGACCAGUACGGAAUCGAGCGCGACGUCGUUGCCGGCUUCGACAACGCCUCCUACUACGGCGUGGACAGGCAGCACCCCCAUUUCGGCGGCGUGCCGGGCCGCUACGCCAACCGCAUCAAGAACAGCACCUUUGAGACGGACGGCGUCAGGUACCGCGUCAAGGCGAACGAGAACCCUACCAGGGACCACCCCGACGGCGUCGACACCCUCCACGGCGGCCCGGACGGCUGGGACUGGCGCAACUUCACCGUCGUCUCGCACUCGGACAACAGCGUCACCUUUUCCCUGGUCGACCCCGACGGCAGGGAGGGCUUCCCGGGGGAGGUCGUGUCCGUCGUCACCUACAGCCUCAACGGGCGGGACUGGGACCUGAGAAUGGUGGCCGAGGCGACGACCAAGAAGACGCCCAUCAUGCUGAGCAGCCACACGUACUGGAACCUGGACGGCUUCGCCAACAACCAGACGAGCACCGUGUUCAACCACACGCUUCACAUGCCGUACGCCGGCUUGCGCGUGGGCGUGGACAGCAUCCUCGUCCCGACGGGCGAGUUGCUGCCCAACAAGAAGGGCGGCGCGAACGACUUCUGGAGCGAGCCCAAGCAGAUUGGGGCCUCGUUUGGGGACGACGACGCCCUGGCGAACAACUGCGGGCUCAACUGCACCGGCUACGAUAACUGCUACAUCAACAACCGCGGCGCCCUGGGCCCGUACGACUGGCGCGAGCAAGGUCCCGUCACCGUCUUGUCGUCCCCCUGGUCUGGCAUCCGGCUCGACAUCUUCACGGACCAGGACGCCUUCCAGCUGUACUCGUGCAACGGGCAGAACGGCACAAUGGCCCUCAAGAAGACGCAGGGCGUGACGGGCCGCAACCGGGACAAGUUCCCUCGCACCAUCCCCAAGUACGGAUGUGUCGUGCUCGAGGUCCAGGAUUACAUCGAUGGCAUCAAUAACCCGGAGUGGACGCGCGACAAGAAGCAGAUUUACGAGCCCGGUGGUGAUCCGUAUGUGUUGCAGGCCAAGUACAGGUUCAGUCUGGUGUCUGAUCAUGAAGAGACGAGCAAGGGCCAGUAG